AUGCUGUUGCUACUGCUUCUAUUGCUGCAGUCGGUGGCCCUAGCGCUGGAAAGGCCUGUGGCUGAUGUCACAUCUCGUAAGCUGCUGACAGAUCGUUCUUGGUUCAGUCAAGUGGCGAAAGUUUCUCGUCGAGCCUCCGACGAUGCCAUGGCGUGCGCAGCCGUGAGCGACCCGCUGCGUCCAGGAUUGACAGUUAGGGGCUACGAAUUGGUGGAGCGUUCGGGGCUAUUAGGCGUGUGUAAGCAUCAGCAAACGCAUCAUACCCAGUGGCCCAUGCAGUCUCGAGACAAGAUGGAGAUCGUGCACUGGACCAUGUCGCGAAGUGAAGGAGACACAUUGCACAUCCCCUCAGCGCCUGUAUGCCCUCUACCAGGCGCUGCUUCGGCUUCUCAGCGGUUCCCCGUUCCACCGCUGCCCCCACCGCAGUCUACAGACUCUCUUUCAGGCUUUGAGGACCGAAGAAACAGUCCUGAAGGCGCCAUGCUCGAGUAUCAAUACGUGACGGAGGAGGCGGAACGGAUAUAUGUGAACUCGCGCUAUCGCCUCAAAAAAAGAUUCGACGCGGGAUCUCAUGGGGAAGUAUGGAGAGCAGUAAGGAGAUAUGGAGAUAGAGAAGAGUAUUUUGUUCUCAAGAGGCUGUUCCUCGAGUUAGGAGAGAGCAUGGCGCAGAUGGGGCAGCGUGAAGCCCAUUUUGGAGCGUUGCUGCAUGGUGAGCGCCAUGUCACGCGGUUCGUGGAGUAUUUCUUCCGACCAGCUAAACUGGCGAGGAGUAAGGAAGACCCCUUGCACCCCCGAAUGACGCCCGAGCUCUGGCUCAUUUUCUAUGAUGAAGGAAAGUCUCUACGGCAGUAUCUGUACGAGAAGCUGGAGGUUGUAAAUGGUGCAGAUGGACACAGUGAUGGCAGCGCUGGCGUUGUGCUGCAACCAUCGCGUUUCUGGGAGAAACUCCGCACCGAUUCCAGAGGUGAAAACGUCCUGAGAGAGAUUAUGCGUCAACUGCUUCAAGGCGUAGCAGCUCUGCAUGCACGUGGCAUCACACAUCGCGACAUCAAACCAUCGAACAUCCUGGUUUCAAUUCCACCUUCAUCAACCUCUGCAGUGCCACCAAUUCCGCUUGUGAAGUUAGCAGACUUUGGCUCUGCUGUGGACGACUACACGUUGAAUAACUUAUAUGCAGCUGGUGGUGAAUCGCCCGAGUUUGCCGGACCCUCUCAAGCUGAAGAAACUCGGGAGUACCAGCCUCCAGAAGUCCUGUUUAGCGAUAGCGGCCAGCCGUACGAUUACACAGCCCCCGAGGCUUAUGAUCUCUGGUCUGUAGGCGUCGUUUUCUUGGAGAUAGUUUUGGGUUCUCCGCAAGUGUUUUUGAUCUCACCUCGCGAAAGAGCAAAACUCGACGUGAUUCUGGAUGCUCAGCAACGACACCAGCGACACAAUGGACGUGGAAGGCACAGCAGCAGGGAGGAUACAGAGUCCAGGUGGCGAACGAAGGCCUACUUGCUGCAUGUUCUUACUCGAGAAUUCUGCAUCUUCCAGGCAGGCUCACGACAACUACGCUCGUUAUGGGACAAAUAUGCGCUUGUGAGUGAGAGCUGCCACUUUGGACGGUUCAAUCAAACUGUUGUCGAGCGAGAUCCGCUAAAGCGGGGACUAGAGGACUUGUGGGGACUAGACUUAAUAUGGCGUCUGCUUCAAUGGCAUCCGUCGGAGCGUAUCACAGCCAAGAGAGCUCUACAGCACGCAUUCUUUCAAGGAGCAUACGUUUGCAAGGAGUCUGGUCGCCGAUUCGCGACGAAGCAGGAGCUAUUGCUACACGAAAGCUACCUCGAGGCACAAAGAGCAAGAGAAAGCAUGUUCGCUUCUGUGGUUCGUGCCAGGUACGAGCUUCCAGACCACUUCGCCUGUCCGAAGUGUGGCCGUGUGUUUUCCACCGCUCAGAGUUGCGAACAACACGUUCAUGCACGUCGACACGAUACAGACUCGAGCUUCUGCAAGUUUGAGGCCUCUCAUAUUUCUGGUGCGAUCCGGACCGAAGCAGGACCUUUGUACAUGCAAUACCCACAACAUCCUGCAGUGGGUAUUGCAAUGUUUCAAGGUCGGAAGAAGUACAUGGAGGACUUCGUUUUGGUUCUCACGGAACAGCAACUAAAUCAAAGAUGCGAAACUCGACGAGACGGCACCGAGACUCUUGGAUUUGACCUCUACGCCGUAGUGGAUGGGCAUCUAGGCUCUGCAGCGGCUGCUUUCGUUGUGGAGAAUCUGCCUCGUGUAUUAUGUCGACACUUUGCGGUAAUUUCCAAGACAAAUGAUGAUUCGAUGGGUGAGGCCGCGAACACAUCUGCCGAGCGUGAGCUGGCCGAAAAGUUUGCGCUGCGUCAGACGUUCCUGGAACUACAUGAAUGCUUCCUCCACUCCCUCGAUGAACAUGCGAGCGAUGACAAACUGGAAUCGACAAAUACUGGCAAAUCCGCAAACAGCACAACAUCAGUUGGCGAGUAUUUCUCGGGGUGCACUUUGACCGUGGCGCUACACUGUCGACGGGAGCAUCGGGUCGUCAGUGCCAAUGUAGGCGACUCUCGUGCGUUAGCUUGGUUACCUCGUAUGUCGGAGCAACCAAAUGACAAACGUCGAGAGGCAAAACCAGGUGAAAUUUUGCCUCUGAGUAUGGAUCAUUGUCCGAAUGACUCUGGCGAGCGCUCGCGAAUCGAAUCAAGUGGGGGAUUCGUGAAUUUUUCUGGUCUCUGGCGAGUGGUUGGGCAGCUCGCUGUUUCUCGCAGCCUGGGUGAUCGGCAUUUGCGGAAAUUCGUGACAGCAGAGCCAUCAGUCUUCCAUGCGCAGCUUGGCAAGUCCUCUUCUGGUGGACUUUUGGUGAUCGCUAGUGACGGAUUGUGGGAAACUAUGACCAAUGACGACGUCGUGCGGUUUCUCGCCGAAAAGAGUUCACGUGGAACAGCGGGAGGCGGCGACAGACACUCUUUGGAUGAUAUAGCGGCCAACAUGCUUACAGAGGGAUAUGUUCGCGGAAGUCUAGAUAAUAUGGCGGUCGUGCUCGUUGCGCUGUCGUAG